AUGUCACUUGCUGCAAUUACAUUAAAAGACUUGAUAGGCGAAGCUCGUUCAGUACCAAUUUUUACUGGACAAGACGCCUACAGUCUAAAAUCCUUCAUCGAAGAAGUCGAAAGUUUAAUUGCCUUAGCAGCGGAUGCCGAUGCAAAAAACUAUCUAUACAGAAUUUUAGUAGACUCAAUGUACCUUAGAACUAAAAAUGUAACAACAUUAGAAGACGCUUAUAGAAGCUUAUUAGAAACCAAUAUAUCCGACAGCAAGGUUCCAAACACCAACUCUCAGUAUAGGAACAAUAAUCAUACAAAUUACAGAAAUAACCAUAACAUAAAUUCUAGACAUAGUAGUAAUAAUACAAAUUCCAGAAAUAACUAUAGAAACGCAAAUAGAACUUUCAACAAUAACAAUUACAAUAACAACAUAAGAAACACUUACACAAAUAGACCAAUGGACAGAAACUACACUACUAACGAAAAGUUUAGGAAUUUUAGGCCCAACCAACAAUUUGGUGGUACAGGUAAUAAUCUACCAGGACCAUCUUAUAACGAAAAUCGGUCAGGUCCAGUUCCAAUGGAUGUAGAUUCGGGAAACCAAGCCAUUAAAUACGAAAUAACUACAAAAGUACCUGACGAGUUCAAUGAAAAUUCAACUAUGUCCUGGAAAGUAAUGGAUCUUAGCAAUAAAAACUUUGACGCUCUCUUAGGCCAAAAUAUUUUAAAACCAAUAGGAGCAAAUAUUAAUCUUUCAAAGGAGCGGUUAGAAAUUAACAACCAGAAGGAACUUCUUGCCAUAGUAUGGGCCACUAAAUAUUUUCGGCCAUACUUAUAUGGUACAAAAUUUUUAAUAAGAACAGACCACCAACCCUUAAAGUGGUUGCAUUCACUAAAAGAACCAAGCGCCAAACUACAAAGAUGGCGAAUCAGAUUAAACGAAUACGACUUCGAAAUAGACUAUGUAAAAGGAAAAGAAAAUCGUGUUGCUGAUUUUUUAAGUAGAAUGGAUUCUACAAAUAAUGAAAUUAAUCAUAUAGAUGACCCUAACGAAACACCUUCUAAUAAUUCACAUUUAAUGGUCCAACGUCUUAAUGACCGAAAUGCAACUACUAUUAUACAAGCACUUCGCAACAGGUUUGCACUAUUCGGUAGGCCAGAUAAAAUCGUUGUCGACAAUGAGUUCGAUAGUCUUAAUAUCAAAAACUUCUUUAGAACAGAAAAUAUAAACGCUCACUUUACGUCACCCAGAAGCCAUACCGGAAAUUCUACAAUCGAACGAGCUCACGGAACUUUAAGCGAACACCUUCGUAUCUUAGAUACACAAAAAUCACAUUUAACACCCGAACUAGAAAAUACUUUAGCACAAAUUGAAAAUAAUAUUUACAACACUUUUAACCAAGACAAUACCACAUUAAAACAAUUACAAAUUCAAAUCGAAAAAACUCGACAUAACAUUAAAACAUUACUACCACACAGACAAAAACGAGGACUCAUUAAUUUAGGUGGCAAAAUUUUAAAAUGGUUAUUUGGAAACUUAGACGAUGAUGACAAAACUGAAAUUGUAGAAAACAUAAAACUUAUUGAACAGGGAAAUUACAACUCCAUUCAGACCAUAAAUAAACAGAUUAAAAUAAACGACCAAUUUCAGAAAAACCUAAAUAUUCUACAGAAACGAAUUAACGAAAACCAAGAAAUUUUAAAUAUUACACUGAGAGAACAAAACAACACCUUUAGCAAAAGCAUAAAAAGUUUACAGUUUCUUUCUAGUUACACAAAUAUUAACUUACUAAAUUCAGAAAUAGACAAAGUCCAACAAAACAUUCUUUUCGCUAAACAUGGUAUCAUGACUCACUCCAUUUUAUCCAAUGAAGAAAUUGAUGAAUUUGAAAUCGAUGUUUUUAAAUAUAAAGAAAUAAAAAGUUCACUUAUUAGUCUAGAUAAUAAUAUUAUUUUUGCCAUUUUGAUUCCUAACGUUGCAAGGGAACUUGCAGUUGGAUAUAAAAUUAUUCCAAACAGAUUAUUGGAAGAACAUAAAACAACAUGGACAUCUUUAACUUAUGAUCAUCACUCUAUGAACAAUAAAUUUGUUUGA